GGAGGCAGGUGGGCCGGAGUCUCUGUUCAGCCCCAGCCGCGGCGGCACGCAGGACAGAGGUCACUUGAACCCAGACCGCACAUCCCUGGUAAAUACAUCAGCUUUUAAAUCAAUCUUGGUUCAAAGUCCAGCGAGUUCCGAGGCAAGAGCUCAGUGCAGAGCGAAUUCCGCGACCCACAGCUGCUCCUGCUCCAGAUCCAGAAAUGGCUUCCACUUUUAACCCCCGAGAAUGCAAGCUGUCCAAAAAAGAAGGACAAAGCUAUGGCUUCUUUCUGCGAAUUGAGAAGGACAUAGACGGCCACCUGGUCCGGCUGGUGGAGAAGGACAGCCCUGCAGAGAAGGCAGGCCUGCAGGAUGGAGACAGGGUUCUCAGGAUCAACGGCGUCUUUGUGGACAAGGAGGAGCACGUGCAGGUUGUGGAUCUGGUCCGCAAGAGUGGGAACUCCGUGACUUUCCUGGUUCUGGACGGCAGGUCCUAUGAGAAAGCCGUAAAGGCGCAGGUGGACUUGAAGGAGCUGGAGUAUGGCGAGAAGGAGCCGAGUGUGGUGGAUGGUGAGAGGCCGGCCCCGGUGUUGAAUGGAGCCGUGCAGACGUGGGCACAGCCUCGCCUCUGCUACCUGGUGAAGGCGGGGAGCAGCUAUGGGUUCUCUCUCAAAACUGUUCAAGGCAAAAAGGGAGUGUACAUGACAGACAUAGUACCCCAGGGUGUGGCCAUGAAGGCUGGUGUCCUGGCCGAUGAUCAUGUGCUUGAAGUGAACGGGGAAAAUGUCGAAGCCAGCAGCCACGAGGAAGUGGUUGAAAAGGUGAAGAAGGCAGGAAGCCGGGUCAUGUUCCUGCUGUUGGACAAGGAAACAGACCGGUGCCAUAGUGAGCAGAAGAUCCAGUUCAAGAGGGAAACAGCCAGCUUGAAGCUGCUGCCUCGGCAGCCCCGACUUGUGGAGAUGAAGAAGGGAGCCAAUGGCUAUGGCUUCUACCUGAGGGCAGGCCCAGACCAGAAGGGUGAAAUCAUCAAAGACAUCGAUGCAGGAAGCCCUGCUGAGGAAGCCGGCUUGAAGAGCAAUGAUCUGCUGGUGGCUGUCAAUGGGGAGUCUGUGGAAUCCCUCGACCAUGACAGUGUGGUGGAGAUGAUCAGGAAGGGCGGAGACCAGACAUCACUGCUGGUGAUGGACAAAGAGACUGAGAGCAUGUUUCGACUGGCUAACUUCUCUCCAUUUCUCUACUAUCAAAGUCAAGAACUGCCAAAUGGUUCUGCUAAGAAGGCACCAGCUCCUACUCCUGCUCCUCUGGCCGUCUCGAGUCCAGAUACUACAGAGGAAGUAGGAGACUACAAGCCCAAACUCUGCAGGCUGACUAAAGGGGACAGUGGUUAUGGCUUCCACUUGAAUGCGAUUCGGGGGAAGCCAGGCUCAUUCGUCAGAGAGGUCCAGAAGGGCAGCCCUGCAGAGCAGGCUGGGCUGGAGGAUGAGGAUGUCAUCGUUGAAGUGAAUGAUGUCAAUGUGGAGGAUGAGCUUUAUGAGAAGGUGGUGGAGCGAAUCCAGAGCAGCGGGAAGAGUGUCACGUUCCUAGUGUGUGGGAAGAAGGCCUACAGUUAUUUCAAGGCCAAGAAAAUCCCUGUGGUUUCCUCCAUGGCUGAGCCACUGGAUGCCCUCCCGGAUACCACUGAAGAAAUUCAGGAAAAAUCAGAGUGUGACUCACACACAGCAAGAGAAAGAGCGCACAGUACAGCCUCCAACUCGUCCUCUGGUUCUGAAGACACAGCAAUGUGAUGGGCACAGAGAAGGGCUCUGGCCGAAGGCUGUUUCUGGGCAUUUCCCCGAGAUCCUCUCACCUCUCAGGCCCCAGUGGCCGUGCAUGCCACGUCUCUGAGCACUGCGUCUCUGGCAGCCUCUGGCCGCAGCGCACUAUUGGCGCUUUCAGGAAUGCCUACCACAGAUGGCUGAUUCGUGGUCGCUUAGGAAAAGCUAACGCAGGAGCCAGAUUCUUUUUUCCUUUUCUCUCUCAAGCUUCAACUUAACCCCACUUCUUUGCAUAAUGAUCCCUCUUCAAUUUUACAGGCUCCUUGAGCACCAGAGACGAAUUCAUAAAUCCACAUAUGAGUUGCUGAUUCAAGUAUCUGAGUAUAAUGUCUACUAAAAUUACGCUUUUGUAAGAAUGUGAUUGCUAAAAUAAAAUACCAGUUAAAAAUGUAAUCUGAGUCACCUUGGGACAUCCUUGUUGACUGGCAGAAUCUUAAAAACGCCUUUGGUUUUGGUAAACUUUUUAAUGCCUUACCCUUCAUUUUGCCUCUAGAAACCCAAGCCACAAUCACAUGCAGAAUAAGAUGUUAAUAAUAAUAAAAGAGUUCCUGAUAAUAAAAUGCAGUAUUUUCUUAAACUGCAUCUGAGUGUUUUACAAACUUCCCAAUAUCUUCCUCUUUGUUGAUGAAGAAAUGGAAUCCCUUGAGGAACAUCCGCGACUAAGACACGCAGUGUUUUGCCACAACAAG